UUCAUCUUUAAGACUUCAACAGCAACACACACAAAGAUUGCAGUGUUUGUUUCUGUUGAAUGUAGAUAGCCACCAUACCAACCUUAAUCCACUCUCCAUCUCUCUCUUUAGAAUCCAUGGCGGCAGCACCUGCAGUAACUGCCCUGAACGGGUUGAAGGUGACGCAAGCAUACCUGGAAGGGAAGGCAGUUAAGGAAACAAAAGUUCUCAUGGCCGAACUCUGCCGCCAAUUCUACACCCUCGGAUGGGUCUCUGGGACAGGUGGCAGCAUCGCCUUCAAGGUCCACGAUGACUCCAUCCCCAAGUCUCAACAACUCAUACUCAUGUCCCCUUCUGGUGUUCAGAAGGAAAGAAUGGAACCGGAGGACAUGUAUGUGUUGUCGCACAAUGGAUCAGUCUUGUCUGCCCCAUCUGCCAAACCUUACCCACACAAGCCUCCCAAGUGUUCUGAUUCUAGUCCAGUGUUCUUGAAGGCAUAUGAGUUGCGUGAUGCUGGGGCUGUUAUUCACAGUCACGGGAUAGAAUCUUGUCUUGUAACAAUGAUCAAUCCUCUAUCAAAGGAAUUUCGAAUCACUCACAUGGAAAUGAUAAAAGGAAUCAAGGGACAUGGUUAUUAUGAUGAACUUGUGGUCCCCAUAAUUGAGAACACGGCCUAUGAAUAUGAGCUCACAGAUUCUCUAGCUAAAGCUAUUGAAGCCUACCCAAAAUCAACAGCAGUUCUUGUUCGCAACCAUGGGGUAUAUGUUUGGGGAGAUACAUGGAUCAGUGCUAAAACCCAGACUGAGUGUUAUCACUACCUCUUUGAUGCUGCUAUAAAACUUCACCAAAUGGGAUUAGACUGGUCCGCUCCAAACCAUGGUCCAAUACAAAGUGCAAGAAGUAGUCUAAGGAUUGCCGGGGAGUCAAACUUUUCAGUUAAGGCAAAGAAAGAUAAUGGUGAUACUGAUCCAUUCCCACGUUGCAUUGUUCUCGACAUUGAGGGAACUACUACACCAAUAUCAUUUGUUUCAGAAGUUCUCUUUCCAUAUGCCCGUGAUAAUGUUGGGAGGCAUCUAUCUCUGACAUAUGAUACUCCCGAUACUCAAAAUGAUAUCAAGUUGCUUCGUUCGCAGGUUGAAAGUGACCUUGAACAAGGGGUUCCAGGUGCGGUGCCUAUCCCCUCUGAUGAUGCUGGAAAAGAGGAAGUCAUUGCAGCUCUAGUUGCUAAUGUGGAUGCCAUGAUCAAAGCUGAUAGAAAGAUCACUGCCCUGAAAGAGUUGCAGGGUCAUAUAUGGCGAACUGGUUAUGAGAAGGACGAACUGGAGGGAAUAGUUUAUGAUGAUGUACCAGAAGCCCUAGAAAAAUGGCACGCCUUGGGCAUAAAGGUAUACAUAUAUUCUAGUGGUAGCAGGUUGGCGCAAAGGCUAAUAUUUGGAAAAACUAACCAUGGGGACCUAAGAAAAUACUUAUCUGGGUUUUUUGACACCACAGUGGGGAACAAAAAGGAGACACGUAGUUAUGUUGAAAUUUCUGAGUCACUUGGCGUUGAUAAACCAUCAGAUAUUUUAUUUGUCACUGAUGUCUAUCAAGAAGCUACAGCUGCUAAGGGAGCAGGUUUGGAGGCUGUCAUUUCAAUUCGACCCGGAAAUGGACCCCUCCCUGAAAAUCAUGGAUUCAAGACAAUCAAAUCAUUUUCGGAGAUCUAAAUAGUAGCUGCACUCAUAUGUGAUCUAUUAGGUCUUAUGAUAAUUAUGGGCAUUGCAACCUUAACUUCUUAGAGUUGAAAUAAUGUAUUAUAGAUUCUGUUUAACUUAGCCCGAGUCUUUGUACAUCAAGUUGCAUUGAGGCCUGAACAUCCGUAACUUCCAUCAUAUCUAAUGAGAUGUGAUUUGGUUUUUAUGUUCA